AUGCCUUCUCAAUUGGUGGACGACUGCAUCCGCCUGGACCUCCUGUGCCGGCUACGAUGGAAUCUGUUGACCGGCUGGCACGAUAUUGAGAUUGUGGUGGGGUCCAAAGACGAAGAAAAGAUUGUCCCGCUGAUCGACCACCCCUAUGCGAACGAAGAGAUUAGCGAGCCUGGACUGAGCCGCAUCGAGGUGAACAGCCGCGAAUGUCUCGAAAAGUUCGACCUCUCGUACGAUUCUAGCCCUGAGGAGGACGGCUAUCGACCCCCACCUCCUCUAAUCAUCGAGAACGAAGACGGGAAGCACAUCACAUUGAGGCAAUUUGUUACCGAAGUACAUGCCUAUCUCAAUGAGCAUCUGGCCGAACUCAAGAAAGCCCAGCGCGUAAUGGCCGCCGAGCCUUGGUCGGAAACGAUGUUGUUCUACAGGCGCGCCUUGCCAAGAAGGACCGAUGAUGGUCACAUCAUUGUGAACGUUGAGAUGAUGCCUCGGGCGCCUGAUGAGGAGACCAGGAAAAGGCUUUGGGCCGCUCAACUGAGACAAGCCGAACACUACGAAGGAAAGCGCCGACCUCGUCGAUAG